AUGGGAGAGAAGCCAUCGGCUCUGGAAGAACACCACCUGAUCAUUCGCAACUUGAUCGAAGGUAGCGAUACAUUUGAUAUAGAUGAUGCACAAGAGGCACUCAAUGCAUAUAAGGCACUAUGGCCAACUCAACUCCAAAGCGGCAUAGAGUUGCGAAUCGAUGCGGAGACUCUGGCCCAGCUCGCGACCGGACUCCGAAACGAAGCCAUGCAGGGCCGCGUCAUCCCAGAGGCUCUCUAUCGAGCCUUUAUUGUAGCAUUCUGUCGUUCCGACGCCGCCACGGGAAGUGAUGCGCAGGCGAGAGACGGCGCGAUUGUGCAAGCAUACGACCAUGCAGCUCUCCGUGAGCCCUCCACCCGUCUCUAUCGACACCGGCCGUGUCAACAGACAACAGAAAUUGGUCAUUCGAAUCCGUACCGACGAGAAGGCUGA